AUGAAACUGAAGUUUUCUGGUGCAAUAUCGGUAUUGCAAUUACUGAGAUUGGAUGGUCGUGAUGAUAAGAUUCUGAUUCUGAUCUCAUCCACAUUGGGUCCUGCGGCUGUGUGGAGUUUAGCGAUGUCAGCGGAUAAGAGUCACUUCGAAUGGAAACGUUUGUCGGUGCUUGAUGAGACGAAGGGUCACGAUACAGUCGUUUGCUCGACGGCCACGCAAAGCAUGGUCGCUAUCGCUACCUAUGAUGGUUCAAUAUUUGUUUAUCGUCAUGAAGAUCUGCUCACUGAAGAACCGAUCAUUCGUUCAUCGUCACAAAUCGAGAAUCCCGCACCGGCGAUGUCACUGAAAUUUCUCGACGAAGAAUAUUUGACUGUCUUAUCAACGAGCGGAUUGCAUCUUCUGGCCGCUCUCCACACUCCAUCAUCGAGUGUUUUCACGGAUGAUUGA